AUGCAGCCUGAGGACGCACCUCGCUCACGCGAGCAAGCGAAGCAGUGGAAGAAGGAGCGCAAGUUGCAAGCGCAACGCAAAGCAAAAGAAACGGCGAGCGCGACAGCAGAGGCCAAAGCAGCACGACGGCCCUCGCCUCCGCCCAGUGUCCAACUCUCCAAAGCGCUGGCAUACAUUCUGCGGCAUGGCGCUGAGAAAGAGCAUUUGCCAGUACGACCGGACGGCUUUAUCCAGGUUGAUGCCGUCCUCGCACGUCCGCGCGUGCAGAAAGUGCCCAUGAUGGAGGAAGACACGGUACGUGCCCCGACACUCGAGGAUAUCCAGGCGAUUGUGCGCGACAACGACAAGAAGCGGUUCGAGCUGGUCGAAGGUGCAGCCAACUCACCCACUGAGCCCGGGACAUGCUGGUGGAUUCGCGCAGUGCAAGGUCACUCGCUGGAUCAGAUUACCGACUUGUCGCACAUACCACUGACGGUCGAAAAUGUGUCGUCGCACUUGCAGGCCUUGCUCCCCACCUCGACGUCGUGCCAAGCGAUUCAUGGGACCAACGACGAGGCGUGGACGCAGAUCGAAGCGAGCCAAGCGCUGCGGCGUAUGCAGCGCAACCAUAUUCAUCUGGCCAAAGGCGUGCCAGGUUCGUCAGGUGUCAUCAGCGGCAUGCGCACCUCCUGCACACGUUUGCUCUACGUCAAUGUCAGCCGAGCGUUGGAGGAUGGCGUGCCAUUCGUAGUGUCGUCCAAUGGGGUCAUUCUCACGCCGGGCGUAGGCGAGACGGGAGCCUUGCCGCUGACGUAUGUCGAGUGUGUGACAGAUGCGCAAGGCACGCACAUAUGGCCAUAA